CGACCUUUUGGAAUAUGUGCAAAUCGAGCUCCUCAAAACAGGAAGUCCCCGCUCCCACGACAGCAAAGGUACAAUCUAGUCUCUUAGUUUUAUUUGUUGUUUUGUCUGUAACUGCUUUUAAAUGUCCUCAUUGUUCCAGCUUUCAUGUGGACAAAUCCACAGAGUCCUUUUCUUUCUUUUCACCUCCCAACUUGUUGCUACGGCGACUGGCUGGUGGACCGGGAAGAUGCGUCAAGUCGGGCGCGUUAAGGACGGUGGGUGACAGAAAAGGUAGCCCCCUCUUUCCCUUCACCAUAAAAGACAAGUUUGUCUAUCAAGUAGAAGACAUGACUUGAUGUUUCCUUUGUCCCAUAAUUAUAUUUAGGAGACAUGGUAGAUGUCAGUCGAGUUACUCUUCUUACUGCAGCAUUGUAUUUUGUGUCAAUUUAAAUUUGCACUUGCACUGUUUUAUUGUGAAAGUGGGAGUGGAUGCGGGUCUUGUAAAGGUGUGUGUGUGCGUGCAAGUGUGUGUGUGUGUGCACGUUUGAUAUGUUAGGGAGUUUUUUUUUCCCCCCUCCACACAUCACAUCUGAGCCUCAGAGAGAAGGAAGCCUCUUGAGUUUCUCUCCAACUAAACAUCUCAGGAUAUUUUUAUUUCCAUCACCUUCAGAAAGUAAGUGAUGUGUCGUUAUCUUCAUGACAUAUUUUUGAAGAUAUUAUUUUGAAAGAGUUUUAUUUUGUUGGUGAUGUUUACCAACGGUGCUGCGCCUUCAUUGGACGCCCACAACACCCUGAGAUUUUUUUGUUUUCUUGUUUUGCACCGCCUUUUUUAUAGUACUCUAUUUGAAUUGUCUUGUAUGUAACCAAACGUUUACACUUAGAACUGCAACUUGUUUCUAAAAAUCAUUCAUAAUUUGAUUUUUAUUUUUAUUUUUUUUGUGUUCCAAGGACUUUUUUCCCCUUGGUUUGUUUUUGCGGAUGCUUUGUAUCGAAGGAUGGACAAGUACGAGAAGAUGGGCAAGAUCGGCGAGGGUUCGUACGGCGUGGUCUUCAAAUGUCGCAACAGAGACUCGGGACAGAUCGUAGCCAUCAAAAAGUUUGUGGAAUCGGAGGACGACCCCACCAUCAGGAAAAUCGCACUCAGGGAGAUCAGGAUGCUCAAGCAACUGAAACACGGCAACUUGGUGAAUCUGAUCGAGGUGUUUCGGCGCAAGAGGAAGCUUCACUUGGUGUUUGAGUACUGCGACCACACGGUGCUCCAUGAGCUGGAUCGACACCCCCAAGGCGUUCCUGAGCAUCUGGCAAGGAGCAUCACGUGGCAGACGCUCCAAGCGAUUAACUUCUGCCACAAGCACAACUGUAUCCACAGAGACGUGAAGCCUGAGAACAUUCUCGUCACCAAACAGCACGUCAUCAAACUGUGCGACUUUGGGUUUGCCAGGAUUCUCACGGGGCCAUGCGACUCGUACACGGACUACGUGGCCACGCGCUGGUACCGUGCCCCCGAGCUGCUGGUGGGGGACACGCAGUACGGCCCCCCCGUGGACGUGUGGGCCGUCGGUUGCGUCUUCGCCGAGCUCCUCUCCGGCGUUCCGCUGUGGCCCGGCAAGUCCGACAUGGACCAACUCUACCUGAUCCGCAAGACCCUCGGCGAUCUGAUCUGUCGCCAUCAGCAAAUUUUCAGCACCAAUCAAUUCUUCCACGGCCUCGCCAUCCCGGAACCUCUACAGAUGGAACCCCUGGAGGUGAAAUUUCCAAACCUCUCCCACCAAACCCUCAGUCUCAUGAAGGCUUGCCUUCGUAUGAACCCGAGCGAGCGUCUUCCAUGCGAGCAGCUGCUGCAGCAUCCUUAUUUUGAUAACCUGAGACACAAGUACCAGCGCAACGCUAAACAGGGCAACAUCAAUGCCAGCGUGGGGCACGAUCGCCACGGCAACAGGAGGACCCGCCUGCCGCGCAAACACCUGCCAUGUUUACCUCAGCUGACAGGCAGCAGCAUCUUCCCCGUUUCGGACACCAAGAAAUACUUUCACAACCUCAGCAAGUUCAACUAUCACCUGCCCAACAUCUAGAAACACGUCUACGCGUGCAUCAACAAGACUCAGGAAGUGAAGCAAAGCGCCGGAGAUGAGUGACUGACAUUUGUCGGUGUCUUUUCCUCAUGACUUUUUUAAAGUCUUAGCUAGCUGACGGAGGACAAGGAGCGUCGUAUGACACUAUGCUCCGCUUAUACAUGACAUGGAAGAUUUGGUCAAAUCUUCCGCACCCCAAGUCAAGUAGGAUGCCACUUUUUUUUUUUACUUUCUCAAUUGUAUUUAUUGAAAUAAGCAGAGAGACAAUAACAUUGAUAAUUUAGUCGAGAUGAUCAUCACAUUGGUGCUAAGGACGUCCGCAGUUGUGGAAAUGCCAAAUUGUUCAAAUUUGAGUGCAUCAAUUUAUAUUCCAUAAAUGUUGCUGUACCACUCGGUGGUUGACACCCUAAAUUGUUUGCCUACAUUUGUGCUACCAUGAGAUAUAACUUAGAUUUGUUGGCAACACAAAACAAAUCUCAGCAUGUAAACCCAAAAUUGGCCCAUGGAAGCAUACAAGCAUUUAUGUUUGCGAUGAAGCAUAAACGAGUCCUUUUGGCGGCAAGUUAAAAGGACCAUGUUGAUGAGAAAUAAAUUGGUGUCAACAGUAAA